UUUAUGAAAAUUAUUCAAUGACGUGGUGUACUACGUAUGACCACCUGAUUUUGACAAGUUGAUAACGUCAAAUUGCAGUGUAAAACAUUCUAGAAUUUAUAUAAACAAAAAUCUAUAAAGGUCCAUAGGUAUUGAAGCAUAAUGGUUUACGUUGCAGGAGACGGAACUAUUCACCAAAGCCCUCCUUGGAGUUUGAACCGUAUAACAAAACUGUUUUAUGGAGCAAUAUAUUUUGUAAUCUUCUUCUUCAAGAGUUUAGUUGGUUUAGAUAGACCCUCAACAAGCAUUGGUACCUCAAAAUCAAGUGGUUCACUGUUUAGAGGAAGUGGCGGCGGUGGUGGAGGAGGAGGAGGAGGAGGCGGCGGUGGAGGUCCAUUUAGACCUGGUGGGGGAGGUCCUUCAAAACGAAUAAUGACCAUGAAAGAUAUCAACCCACCAAGUGUAUCAAUGGGAGGAUGUCCUGGAGGUGCAUGCGGACGAUAAUUCUUAUGGUUUAUCUCAAACAUUAUUAAUUUAUGUUCAAGAAAUUACGAGACGAUGCAAAUUGAUAACAUGUUUUAUUUUAUAAAUAGGAUUAUUUGUAUUUAUAUGAUAUGCUUUUUCUAAACAUUGCCUGAUUAAUUGUUAUUUGUAUUAUAAUUUACUCGUAAUUAAAAAGUAAUAAAAUAUUAUAAAAACGA